UCCUUAGGAAGCUUGGGGUGUGGGUCUGUGUUCCCAAGUGGGUCCCUCCCUGCGUUCCUCCUUGCCGUCACCGGAUACGAUACUGUCGUGGUGGGCUGUGCGAGCUGGAGCAAAUGCGGCGGAGCGAUGACGGAGCUGCGUUUGGGAAAACAAAGAUACUAUUUGCUUCACCUCGGGAUCCUCCUCAUAGUGCUCGUCUUGAUCUUCUUUAGCUAUGGGUUCCUGAGCCAAAGAAGUCAGGAAUUGGGAGACUCAGAGGCUGUGUCUAGGAUGGUCCAUGCCCAGCCAAAUGUUCUGACACCCAGUAGAAAAGAUGUCCUUGUCUUGACUCCGUGGCUGGCUCCCAUCAUCUGGGAGGGGACCUUCAACAUCGACAUCCUGAACGAGCAGUUCAGGCUUCAGAACACCACCAUUGGACUGACCGUGUUUGCCAUCAAAAAGUAUGUGGUGUUCCUGAAACUGUUCCUGGAGACAGCAGAGCAGCACUUCAUGGUGGGAUACAAGGUCAUCUACUAUGUCUUCACUGACCGUCCUGCCGACGUGCCGCAGGUGCCCCUGGGGGCAGGACGGAAGCUGGUGGUGCUGACUGUGCGCAACUACUCCCGCUGGCAGGAUGUGUCCAUGCACAGGAUGGAGAUGAUCAGCCACUUCUCUGAGCGGCGCUUUCUGCAUGAGGUGGAUUACCUGGUGUGUGCAGAUGUGGACAUGAAGUUCCGUGACCACGUGGGUGUGGAGAUUCUCUCGGCACUCUUCGGUACCCUGCAUCCUGGCUUCUACAGAAGCAGCCGGGAGGCCUUUUCCUAUGAGCGCCGGCCGAAGUCCCGGGCCUACAUCCCCCGGGAUGAGGGUGACUUUUAUUACAUGGGGGCCUUCUUUGGGGGGUCAGUGGUGGAGGUGCACCAUCUCACCAAGGCCUGCCAUCAGGCUAUGGUGGAGGACAAGGCCAAUGGCAUAGAGGCCGUGUGGCAUGAUGAGAGUCAUCUGAACAAGUACCUGCUAUACCACAAGCCUACAAAGGUGCUGUCCCCAGAGUACAUGUGGGACCAGCAGCAGCUGGGCUGGCCCUCCAUCAUGAAGAAGCUGAGAUAUGUGGCUGUGCCCAAGAACCAUCAGGCAAUCAGGAACAGAUAGCUAUUCCUAUUGGAGAGGCCAGGCUUAUCUCCAGGGUUACUCCAGGCUGUGGAACUGGGAAGAAUUUGAGAGACAUUAUGAAGUGUCGCCAUCUAUCCCACGUCAGGGUCUGGCAGGCCCAGUACCACUUGUCUUACCCUACACCGAGCCCCUGGAGUGGCAACCACCCUCAGCUCCCACUGUGUCUCUACUACACUCUUGAUGCUGGGCCCUCACUGGGACUCUCAUUUGAUGUCCUGUUGUUGCCCUGUGUUGUGGAGGUCCUGUAGCUUUGGGUUUGUGGGUCAGGCUCAUUCUCGUGCUCCAGUAGAUUAUAGACGGGGUGAAUGUUGGGGCCAGCCAAGUCCUAACCCCAGUUCUGGGUCUGGGCUGCUUCAGGGUUGGUCUGCCAGUCAGCUAUCCCUCAUCUUCACUACCAGGGAGAGCUCUCCAGCAUUGUCCCAGAUAAUUCACCUCUUGCAGCAAUGAGCAAGAUAUGCAGGGUGGGGGGGCGGCUGCUAGUUCUUCUGCUUCCACACCCGCGGGGUCAGCCCUCCCACACCUGCACCAUU